UUUUUUUGAAGUUUCCCAAAAGAAUUGGAUCUCGGCUGGCGAGUUAAGGCGGCUAAGAUUCUCUCCAACCAGGCACCGAUUUGAAUAUUUGACCCUCCAAUCCAAUCCAUGGCCAUGAAAUAUGAAUCUUGGACUUUCUACUGUCAAUGUCUUGUGGGGUCGUCGGUUUCCACCUUACACCAUCUUUUUGGCCCGUAUUUAUUGCCGCAUCUCUCUCCCCUUCUUCUUCCCAACCCAUCUCUGUGGCUCUCAUUUCUAUCUUCCACACGGCGGUAAACCCUCUUGCGCCAUCCUCCCGUUUCAUGCUCUAAAGAGAAGGUGCUUACCCGGGGAGGUUUUGUUGCCUUUCUCAAAAAAUCCUCCCCCUAGGCAAAGAUGAGUUUCAGUUUGUUUUCAACUUCUUCUGAGCUUGCCUAUCCUGGUUCUGCUGAUGGUUAUAGAUGUCCAAAUUUGAAUGUAGUGCUGUCUAAAGCUUUUGUAAGUAUUGGUGAUUGCACUAGAAGAGGUUAUGUCCGAGGAGCUCACAGCGUUGCUAGCAAGUCGGGGAUAUCUUGCCAUUUAAUUCCCGGACACUUAGAAGGAUCCUUUAUGCAAAAGAAAUGGCUGGAAGAGCCUAGAAAGAAGCUAGAAUUUGUGAGGACAUUGCUGAUUGACAACUAUGAUAGUUACACAUACAAUAUUUAUCAGGAGCUGAGUGUCAUUAAUGGGUUGCCUCCUGUAGUUGUGAGAAAUGAUGAAUGGACAUGGGAAGAUAUCCAAAAUUACUUGUACAAAGAGGGUGCUUUUGAUAAUAUUGUUAUAUCACCUGGACCUGGUUCUCCAACAUGUCCUGCAGAUAUAGGAAUAUGUCUUCAUCUGUUCCACACAUGCUGGGAUAUUCCAAUUUUGGGUGUUUGUCUUGGACACCAGGCAUUAGGUUACGCGCAUGGUGCUCAAAUUGUCCAUGCGAAUGAACCUGUUCAUGGACGUCUGAGUGAGAUUAAGCAUAAUGGAUGCUUAUUGUUUCAUGAAAUUCCUUCUGGUAGAAACUCGGGUUUCAAGGUGGUUCGAUAUCAUUCUCUGGUUAUUGAUGCAGAAUCACUCCCAAAGGAACUCAUACCAAUAGCAUGGACCUCUUCUUCUGACACACAGUCUUUUCUCAUCCCAGAUGCUUACAAGAGUCAAACUGAACAUCAAAUUAUUGACUCUGUUUUACCAAAAGGAAAAAACGAAAAUCCGUGGGAUUCCAGCAAUUCUGAUGUAACAAAAAGGAGAAAUAUCAUCAUGGGGAUCAUGCAUUCUAGCAGACCUCAUUAUGGUUUGCAGUUUCAUCCAGAGAGUGUUGCAACAUCUUAUGGUAGGCAAAUAUUCAAGAAUUUCCGGGAGAUAACAGAAGACUAUUGGCUGAGCUUCUCUCCUUCAUUCAUCAAUCAGAGAAAUAUCAAAUAUACUGCACAUAUGCAGGUGCCUAGUGUUAGUAGAUUUUUCAGAGAACUGCCCAGAAGUAGACAUGUGGUAAAUGGUAAUGGUCAGCAUUAUCAAGGAGGCCUUGAAAAUGAGAAGUUUCUGUUAGAUGCACAGAAGAGCAGGUUUGGUACGUUUGACAUGGUGAAUAUUUCACAUACGGGAGCUGGUCCCAAACUUUUGAAAUUGACAUGGAGGAAGUUUGAUCGCUUGGCAAGUCAAAUUGGCGGAGCAAGAAGUAUAUUCUGUGACCUUUUUGGAGAUAAUAAAGCUGAAAAUACUUUUUGGUUAGACAGUUCGUCAGUAGACAAGGGUAGAGCACGCUUCUCAUUCAUGGGGGGUAAGAGUGGAUCUCUUUGGAAGCAAGUGACAUUUCGACUAUCUGGUCAAAGCGAGAGAAAUUCUAAAUGUGGAGGUUAUCUUUUGAUUGAGGAUGCUCAGGGCUCUAUCAAAAGUACCUUUUUGGAGGAAGGUUUUCUUGAUUUUUUGAACAAGGAGCUCCUGGGAUUCUGUUAUGAUGAAAAAGAUUACGAAGGACUACCAUUUGACUUUUAUGGUGGUUAUAUCGGUUACAUUGGCUAUGAUCUUAAAGUUGAAUGUGGAAUGGCAUCUAAUCGUCACAAAUCCGGGACUCCAGAUGCUUGCUUUUUCUUUGUUGAUAACCUUGUAGUUGUUGAUCAUCAUUAUGAUGAUGUUUAUUUAUUGUCAAUACAUGAGGGAAGCACAACAGUAACCUCAUGGUUGGAUGAGACAGAGCAGAAGCUUAUCAGCUUAAAAGCAUUUGCCACAAAAAAGAAAAAGGAGCAAAGUCAACAAUGUGUGAGUUCUCCUUCUAAAGCAGGUUUUCUCCCUGACAAACCUAGGGAGCAAUAUAUAAGAGACGUCCAAAACUGCCUGAAGUAUAUUAAAGAUGGAGAAAGCUAUGAGCUUUGUCUUACCACUCAAAAUAGAAGAAGUGUGGGGGAAAUAGAUUCUUUGGGACUAUACCUCCACCUUCGAGAAAAAAACCCAGCACCAUAUGCUGCAUUUCUUAAUUUUUCAGAGGAAAAUCUAUGCAUUUGCUGCUCUUCUCCUGAGAGGUUUUUGAAGUUGGAUAGGAAUGGAAUAUUAGAAGCAAAGCCAAUUAAGGGUACUGUUGCUCGUGGCUCCACAACCGAGGAAGAUGAACAACAUAAACUAUGGCUGCAAUACAGGUAAUUCAGUGUACUUGUGUGCCUCCAGA